GCAUCAUGAAUAUUCACAAUUCACCAAAACGCACCCUGACUAUGGAUCAGUGAUGUCAGCCGUCCCUGGAAUGCUCUACUGUAUUUUGCACGAUUGUGUCGUGUUGUUUGAUGGCAGCUGGCAAGACAUCUGGUGAAAAGAGCAUCCUUCGUCGUGCAUGACCUUUCCCUGGUCUGCAUAUCACCGUCCGUCGGCACGUCUCUUACAUGUCACGCUAAGGUGACUUUCAAGCAGUUUUUUCCACUUUUGCGCACAAUGUCGGAACGGCACAAAGAUGCACAUCGGGGACUCAGUGGCCAACCGGACCGCCCAGGCUGUGCGUGAGGACAUAUGCAAACUGUCAGGUCGUCUAAUUAUGAAGAAGAGUAUCUCUCAUCUGUUCCAGUAGAGCCACGGCGGUCCAUGUCAUGUGUAGCAGGCUUUCAGGGAUUCAGAUUAGCUCCAGACUGAUCGCUCUCACAAACAGAUAGAGAGCGCGGGGCUGGUGGCAAUCAUCGUUACAAUAGCCUACAGCCAAACAAUCUGGAUUUAUUUCUUUUUCUCCGCCGUGUCUCAAUGUCAUAAUGGACAGGCUGCACUCCUCCAUGCGUAAAAGGCUCUACAGUUUGCCACAGCACAUUGGACAGAAAGCAUCUAUAAUGGGCGAAGGAGAAGACGCAGACAAGGACACCCGGAGGAAGAGUAUUAGGAUGAAGCCUCUACCUUCGCCGUCGCCGACCUCUGGGGGAAGCUGCAAAGGCAUUGGCGAGACCAAAAGUGGGGAGUCUGUGAUCAUGGAGACGGACAUAGGGAGACCGAUGAAGACGAGCUCGAACGGGGACUGCCGGAGAUUUCGAGGCAGCCUCUCCUCCAUCACAAGUCGGCAUGUGCACGACUCGGACUCGGCGGAGGAGAGACGCCUCAUCACGGAGGGGGAUGUCACCCCGAGUGAAGAGAGCCCCCCUGGAGCCAUCGGUGACGGGCAGCCGGAUCAAGGUGCGCAAGGGGCCAGCGGUGGAGGUGGAGGUGGAGGCGGCGGCGGCGCCCAGAAUGAUUCCCAAGACCAGCAGUCGGGGUUUAUAAAGUUGGAUGGCAUUGAUCAAAUUCUGCCGGACGACGAGAGAUUAUAUCAGGCUGGGUUCAUACACAGACAGUUGGGAGCAAUGCUUCAACCGGGGGUCAACAAGUUCUCCCUGAGGAUGUUUGGAAGUGAGAAGGCGGUUGAACGGGAACAAGAGCGGGUUAAAUCCGCAGGAUUUUGGAUAAUUCACCCCUACAGUGAUUUCAGGUUUUACUGGGAUUUGACCAUGCUGCUGCUGAUGGUUGGCAACCUCAUCAUCAUCCCUGUGGGCAUCACAUUCUUCAAGGAUGAGCACACACCUCCCUGGAUUGUGUUCAACGUGGUCUCCGACACUUUCUUCCUCAUGGACCUGGUUCUGAACUUCAGGACGGGUAUCGUCAAAGAGGACAACACGGAGAUCAUCCUGGAUCCGCAGCAGAUCAAGAUCAAGUACUUGCGGAGCUGGUUUGUGGUGGACUUCAUAUCCUCCAUCCCUGUGGACUACAUCUUCCUCAUCGUGGAGACACGCAUUGACUCAGAUUUCUACAAGACGGCGCGCGCCUUGCGGAUUGUCCGCUUCACCAAGAUCCUCAGCUUGCUGCGACUCCUACGUCUCUCUAGGCUCAUUCGCUACAUCCACCAGUGGGAGGAGAUCUUCCACAUGACCUAUGACCUGGCCAGCGCCAUGGUGAGGAUAGUCAACCUGAUCGGCAUGAUGCUGCUGCUGUGUCACUGGGAUGGCUGCCUGCAGUUCCUGGUGCCCAUGCUGCAGGACUUCCCUGCCGACUGCUGGGUGUCCAAAAAUAAGAUGGUGAAUGACACAUGGGGACAGCAGUACUCCUACGCACUUUUCAAAGCUAUGAGCCACAUGUUGUGUAUUGGGUAUGGCAUGUACCCUCCGGUGGGCAUGACAGACGUGUGGCUGACCAUCCUUAGCAUGAUUGUGGGCGCUACCUGCUACGCCAUGUUCGUGGGCCAUGCCACUGCGCUAAUCCAAUCUCUGGACUCAUCUCGACGGCAGUACCAGGAGAAGUACAAACAGGUGGAGCAGUACAUGUCCUUCCACAAGCUGCCGGCAGAUAUGAGGCAGAGAAUCCACGACUACUACGAGCACCGUUACCAGGGCAAGAUGUUCGACGAGGAGAGUAUUCUGGGAGAGCUUAACGAGCCGCUCCGAGAGGAAAUCAUCAACUUUAACUGUCGAAAGCUGGUGGCAUCCAUGCCUUUAUUUGCCAAUGCUGACCCCAAUUUUGUCACCUCGAUGCUCACCAAGUUGAAGUUUGAGGUGUUCCAGCCGGGGGAUUACAUCAUCAGGGAGGGCACCAUUGGCAAGAAAAUGUACUUCAUACAACAUGGGGUUGUCAGCGUACUAACCAAAGGCAAUAAAGAGACCAAGCUCUCAGACGGCUCCUACUUUGGGGAAAUUUGUUUGCUGACGCGGGGGAGAAGAACAGCCAGUGUCCGAGCCGACACAUACUGUCGUCUGUACUCACUGUCAGUUGACAACUUCAAUGAGGUACUGGAGGAGUAUCCUAUGAUGAGAAGAGCCUUUGAGACUGUAGCCCUGGACAGACUGGACCGCAUUGGCAAGAAAAAUUCCAUCCUGCAGCACAAGGUACAACACGACCUCAGCUCUGGUGUGCUCAACUACCAGGAGAAUGAGAUCAUCCAGCAGAUUGUGCAACACGACAGGGACAUGGCUCACUGUGCCCACCUCUUGCAGAACGCCCCACCCCAGACUCCUCCCUCACCUACCCCUGUCAUCUGGGCCCCACUCAUCCAGGCCCCUCUCCAGGCAGCAGCUGCCACCACUUCAGUAGCCAUCGCCCUGACACAUCAUCCCCACCUCCCACCAACGCUCUUCAGACCUCCAGUGUCUGUUCUGGGUUCCCUUAAAGAGCCUCCCAGUCGACUUAAGAAGUUCCACACAUUUGUUCCAUCUUCCACUGCUCCUGGCUCUGCUGGGGACUCUCCUUCUAGCACACCGUCUAAGCUGCGCACCGGGGUGGACAUGCCAUUGCUAGCCUCUUUUCGAGCACAGCACAUGUCAUCAGGUUCAGGGGCAACUGGCUCAAGUCAACAUGCAUCAGGUAGUGGAGGCCAACCUGGACCUGGUGGGGCUGGGUCAGGGUCCAGUGGAGGAGGGGCAUCUGUCUUCCCCUUUGGUCCAUACUCAUUGUCUGGUUCACCUUCAUCUAGUACAGCCCAGCUACAUCCACAACCACAGCAUCAACAGCCUUUCCGCUCCAGCACCCCACCUCUCUCAAACCUCUUCCACCAAGGAUCUAUAUGUGGAAGCAUGGGGUCAGGACUAAGUGGAGGGGCAGCUGCAGCCUGUGGUGGUGCUACAGGAUGGUCUUCAGGUGGAGCUGCUGGAGGCUCUAUGGAAGGAGCCACUGGAGGGGACACUUCUUGGGCUGGAGAAGACUUUACAACUGGAGUGACGGAAGUGACUCCUGGGGGGCACUUUGGUUUGGCAGGAGCUACUGGUGGAUCGGUAGGAGGGAUUUCAGGGGAAACAGUUAGAGGAAUAUCUGAGGGAUCAGUGGGUGCUGUUUGUGGCAGGUUAGCAGGCGGGGCAUCAACUGGAUCAGCGAUGGGUGUUACCUGUGGGUCAAUACCAGAUACAGCCAGGAGAUCAAUAGGAGGGACUUCUAGAGGAUCAGUGGGAAGAGCUUCUGGGGGGUCAUUGGGAGGGGCUGGAGAAUCACUGGUAGUGACAACUACAGGAGGAUCACUAGGAAGGGCUUCUGAUGGAUCAAUGGGAAUUGUUUCUGGUGGGGCCUCUGAGGGAACAUUUGGAGGCAUUUCUGGUGACAUAACAGUAGGGAAUCCUGGAGGAUCAUUGGGAAGGGCUUCUGGUGGAUCAACAACUAGCCAUAUAGGAGGAAGUUCGAGUGGGCCAGGAGGAGGGUUGAUUGGAGGACAUAUUGGCAGAACAGUAGGAGGUGGUGCAGGGAGCCAUAUAGCAGGGUCUACAGCUUUCACUGGUGCAGGAACCACUGGUGGAAUCACAGCUGGACUUAUUAGUUCUUCUCGUUGUCAGAGUCCCAUAUCUACUGGUUCAUCCAGUCCUAUGCCUGGUCAGCUUCUCCAUAAUCAGCCACCUCCCAAGCCUCCUCUUGUGGCUCCUCUGCAGCAGUUUACUGGAGGAGGUAGGACUAACAGUGGCUUAAACCUCUUCCAGUCCCCCCCGCAAGGCUCCCCCUCCUCGAGUAGAGGACAGCACAGUCAACAGCCUGCUGAGGGCUCCCCAUCCUCCCUCAGCCAUUUUACUCUGGGAGGCCUCCAGUCGGGCUGCUUGCCUCACCAGAUGUCACUGGAGAGGUCUGCCUUGGCUUCCCUGGCCCAGUAUGGUUCAGCAAACGCCUCUCCCUGCCUUACCCCGGUGGCUCCCAGUCCCACUAUUCAAAGCCCAGUGACAGGCAGGACUUUCCACUAUAGUGACCCUUCCAGUGCUACAGGAUCCCACAGUUCUUUGCUCAUGCCUCAGUCCUCUCUUCCUUCACAGCUUCCCAGCCAGCCACACACAACAGGGAGAGAUUCUCCACUGGGACGCUUUUCUGAGGACCUAAAGCUUUUAUCCAGCUCACACCCAUCUCUGCCCCAGGAGGUGGCCCAGGCCUUAGGCCACCAAACUCCUCGCUCCUCUGUGGAACCUGGAUAUUACUCCUCACCAUUUUCCUCGCCUACUCUUGUGCCCAAACCCUGUAGCACAGUGCCAGGGCACAUGACUCCUCCAACCCAGAUGUCUCCAGGGCACGCUCACAAGACUCAGUCCCCAGGGGCCUCCCCAGCCUUGUCUCUACAAAGAGGCUCUGCUGGCUACUCACCAGAUUUAGAAACUCAAACUGUCCGUUCUAAACUCCCUUCCAAUUUGUGAGGAUUGAUCACACCCUCCUGUGCUCCUCUGAACUGAAACACACACAAACUAUCUCCAUCUGUGGCAUUCUUUUUUCUCUUCAGACUUCACUGUGUUGCUCCUCUCAUUUUACCAAGAUUUUUAAAAUGACUGUGAUUUAAAAGACAUUUUACCGGGUAACUCAGAGCUCUAGAAUACUCUAUAUUUGUUUUAUGCAUUGUCCUUUUUUAUUCAUACAUACUGUAUAUAGAUAGAGAUAUAUUUAAAUGAUAAGUUAAUCAAGGGACUAGGAGGGUGUGAAAAUGAUCCUCAUUUAAAGGACAUUCAUUUUCUUUAUUUCUAUAACUAUGCCAAAUUCAUCUGGUGAUGUUUGAGAAGCUAAUUUAACGGACUACACAAUAAUACUCUUUUUCUGCAGGAACCUAUGCACUAAUACCUGCAUGUAUAAAGGUUUUUUUGUGUGUUUAAAAAAAAAGAUCAAAAUUUUUAGCUACAACAUGCUUCAAGACAGGCUGACUCUUGUACCAUCUCAUUUGGGAUCACAUAUUGUUGAUCCUUAAAUGUAUCUAUUAGAUUGUACUUAUUUAUUCUCUGUAUAAACUUUUGAAAACCUUGAGAGAUGGAGAAGAGAUUUUAGGAAACCAAAAAGACUUUUCCUGUGGGAUAAUAAUAAUUCACCUCCUCUUGGCCCUUCGAUCCUUAUUUUAUACCACUUUAUCGUAUUAAUACUGUUUUUUGAAGCAGGGGGAGAGGGGUUCAGCGAGCUACCCUCCAUCUCAAUAUUGAGACGUAACAAUAUGUGAGUGAGUGGCUUUCUGCAGAGUCCUCAACCAUGUCCUAACAAGCUCACUUUGUCUUCCAAGCUCAUGCCGCUAAUGUGUGUAGAAAGCAUGUGUUGUUUUCCUUCCUGACUGUGUGCAACUGUUAAUGUGUGAGUGUUAGUGAGAAUAAGUGUGAAUCAGUGGGACAGUCGGAUGCAAGGCAAGACUCUCUCCUCGACCGAUCAAAAGGAAAUUUGCCUUUUUACACACAAAAAAUAAGAUUUCCAUUAACCACAGCUUGUGUGAUGCAUUGCGUAGCACUCAGUUUAAAGUCAACAGUUGUCAAAUAUAUAAUAGCCCCAAAAACUAAAUUUUCUGUCACUAAGGAAAUGCAAAACAUUCACUCCGCAAGCUGAAAUAUCCAAAAAAGUGCUGGAAAAUGAAAUAUGCCACUUGCAUACUUCAUUUGUGCAUUACUUCUUCUACUGUAGCUGCUAUAUGGUCAACUUAGGUAUGUCUUCUGAUGAAAGGGCAGUGCUGAGUUUGGGAUGUUGAAUGUAUGCACAUUUAUUAAGUAAAUAAGUAGUAAGAACUGUAGCUAUGGUAGAUGCACUGAUGGCACGCUGCCCCACGGGGUAAAGAGACUGUUCCAUAACUGAAAAGGUCCUUGAUUUAAUUUUUUUGACAACAUUUUCAUCAGCAGCUAUUUCUAUUGCCAAAGUGUCCUUUAGAAAGACACAGAACCAUUACAGGAUAAAUUGUUUAUGAGGCAAUUUGGAUAUGUGACUCAGUAAGCUCCCUAAAACAGUCCUCUAUUUACUGCAUAUGCCCCAUGAAGUAUUGUACAACUGCUCUGCUGCUGUACCUGUGAGAGAGAUUGUACCCUACUUAAGAAGAAGACGUCAGCUUAAUAUACACUACGAACUGUACAUGGAGCAAAUGAAUGUUAAAAAUUGUUGACUUUUAUUGACAUUGGAAAGCAAAACUUUGAUCCUCUGUAAUGCUAUGCUAUAGAAGGUGAAUGUGGCAUACUUGACAGCAACUACAAAGAAAAUUUGCUUUUUCAACCAUUUAUUCAAUUGAAAUAUCAUUAGAUGCUAAAUUCUGCUAUAGAACAAAUAAGUACACCCUUGGCCUCAGAGGUUUGUAUUGUCCCUUUUAGCAGAAAUAACCUCUUGUAUUCUUGGUUUGUGUAAACGUCCACCAGUAUACGAUCAAUUACUUGCGCGUGCUUCCCUUUUUCUCAUCCCACUUCAACAUUUUAAUUGGAUUCAUAUCUGGGCUAUGAGUUGGCCAUCCCAUAGCCCUCCAUUUAUUCUUUUUGAGUCAUUCCUUUCCUGUUAAAUGGUUCACUUCUGAUUAACUUUCACCUUCCAUACAUGACGUUUGAACAUAAUGCGUAACAUGUCACUUUCAAGCACUCUUUGAUAUGAAGCAGAAUUCAUGAUUCAGUCAAGGACUGCAAGCUGUCCGAUCUCUGAGGCAGCGAAUCAAUCCCAUACCAGGACAUUUCUACUACGAUGCUUCACAUUUGUUAUGAGGUUUGUCUCCCCAAAUGGUGUCUUUGGUCAAUCAUGUUAUACUGUUACUGUGACCAGACAAUUCUAUCUUUGAUUCAUCUGUCUAGAGCACAUUAUUGCAAUAGGCCUACUCUUUAUGUAUAUGUUCACUUGCCAGCUGGAAAAAGCUUUUCAUGCGCAGGUCACAUUUAUGCAGUUUCUUUUUGAUUGUAGAAUUUUGUCAGCAACAAUUACCUGCUAUUCCUGUGAUGGAAUUUUAUGGUUAUUGUAGGCUUCUUUUUGCAUCAGACAUUCUGCUAUUGGGCUAGAUUUGCUGGGGCAACCAUUCCUAGACAGAUUGGCAGUCGUUUGAAAUCUAAACCACUUGUAGACAGUUUUACAGUGGAAUGAUUUAUUUCACAUAAUUUGAAGAUCUUUUAAAGCCCUUGCCAGACUUGGAGGCAUCAACAACCUUUUUUUUCUGAGAGCCUUAGAGAGCGCUUUAGAUCUUGGCACGAUGACACUACACACUUCAAAAGCAAAGAGAACAGCAGAGUCUUAAUGGAGGUUCUAAUUACUGGCACCUAACUUGAAUCCCUGAUUCUAUUUUUACAGAUUUGAGAGUGUUAUAAAUGUACUUAUAUAAUGUACUUACUAUUUCCUUGUGGCUGUUUUCUUCUCUCUUUUCUUUUUUAAAAAAACUACCACAAAAUGUCAA